CGUUAUCAACCAUCCAUCGCCACGCACUCGACUCGCUUCUGGCAUCGACGGUGUCUGCCGCGUAACGCGCAAGACUUUCGCUCGCAGCUCGCAUUUUUUCUUCUUCUUUUCUUGCGAGCCCGAAACGUCGACAAUACUCAACACCGCUUCUCGACCUCCGCGAACCAAACGGCGAAAUGGCGACUCCCCAGUCCACCGGUUCCCAAGACGACCUCGGCGAGGGCAAGAAGCUCGAGCAGAUCACGUUCCGUUUCUGCUCGGAGUGCUCCAACAUGCUCUACCCCAAGGAGGAUGACGACGCCCACAAGCUCCAGUUCACCUGCCGUACUUGUCAGUACACCGAGGAGGCGGCUUCUACCUGCGUCUUCCGCAACGUGCUCAACAACUCGGCCGGAGAGACGGCGGGUGUGACCCAGGAUGUUGGCUCGGACCCGACGCUUCCACGGUCGAACAAGACGUGCCCCCGGUGUAAUCACGAGGAGGCAGUCUUUUUCCAAUCACAGGAGCGCAGUGCUGAAACUGGCAUGGUAAGCCGACAAUUCCGAUAUCGAGGGGCUUCAUUCCUGGACUUGGGCCUUGAACUGGCACAGUCUUGAUACCUGGGCUUCGUCAUCGACUGAACAACUGACUAACGUGGCUGUGUCGCAAGAAACUGUUUUAUGUUUGCUGCGAAUGCGGUCACAUUUUCGACUAACGACUUUGACGAAUGGAUACCCGACGACGGGCGGCUGCUGUUUCUGGACAUGGAUUGGGAGGCGGCUUGGGUGACGGAGCGUAUCAGGCAUCUUGCGAUCGCUUUUGCUGUUUCCUUCUUUCUUACUUUUUUUUGGAAGGCGGCGUCAAGGAGUCUGGCAGAGACAUGGAAUAGGCGUAUAUACAACAACGCAGUCAAUCCCAGACUACUGUCUAUUGUGGCCUCUGGCUCUCGAGAUGACUGAAUGGGUAUGGGGGACUGGUGGAGCAAAACGCUUCGCCCUCCUGCGUUCAAGAAUUGCAUUUUUUGGUUCAAAAGAAAGGUUUCAUCA